AUGCGACAUUUUAAUCGUAAAUGGUAUGACGAAUUUCCUGGCUGGUUGGAGUACAGUGUAAGGAAAAAUACAGCUUAUUGUUUGUAUUGUUAUUUAUUCAAGAGAAAUAACAAUCGUCAAUGUGGAGGUGAAGUAUUUUCGAGUACGGAUUUUAGAAGUUGGAACAAAAAAGCUAGCUUGGAAACACAUGUUGGUGGGAUUAAUAGCAUCCAUAAUCAGGUAAAAAGAAAAUAUGAGGAUCUAAUGCGGCAAGAACAAUCUAUUCAUGCUUCAUUUGAGAAACAAUCUAGUAAAGAUAAGCAUGGAUAUCGCAUUCGAUUGGCAGCUUCGAUUGAUGUAGCAAGGCUUCUCGUGAGACAAGUAUUGGCAUUUCGGGGUCAUGAUGAAUCUAAGUCAUCAUUUAACAGAGGUAAUUUUCUUGAAAUUCUUUCAUUUUAUGCUCAAAAGUGUGAUGAAAUUCAUAAAUUUGUAUUGGAAAAGGAUCCUCAAAAUGAUCAAAUGACUUGUCCAAGAAUUCAAAAAGAAAUUAUGAUUGCUUGCAAGAUUGAAACAAUUAAGGGUAUCAUAAAGGAAAUAAAUGGUGACUAUUUUUCUUUAUUGGUUGAUGAAUCUUUUGAUAUCUCACUCAAGGAGCAAAUGGCAGUUGUUUUACGAUAUAUUGAUGAUAAAGGAUUUGUGAUAGAGAGACUUCUUGAUAUUGUUCAUGUCAAAAAUACUAGUGUUUUAUCUCUAAAAGAUACAAUUGUCAAUUGA